AUGGCCGAGUCUACUGUUAAGGCAGUGGUCGGGAACGUGAGCAACCUUGCCGUUCAGGAGACAAGCCUGCUAUGUGGAGUCACCCUUGAAGUUGAGUGCCUGAAAAAUGAGCUUGAGCGACUGAAGUGGUACCUGAAAUCUGCCGACGCUAAAUGGAGAUCAGGAGAUGACCGUGUGGCUACCUGGGUCAGCCAGAUCAAGGCCGUCUCAUAUGAGGCUGAGAAUGUCAUCGAGGUCACCGAUUACAUGGGCAAGCGAAACAGGCUCAAGAAGGGCUUCUUAGGUGCCAUCUCAAGGUAUGCUCACUUACCCGGUGACUUGAUCACUCUUCACAAAGUCGGUGUCGAAAUCAAGCGUGUAAGAAGGAAGCUCGAUGAGAUAUUUCAAAGUGCGGAACGUUUGAAAUUUAUUUUAGACAGUAGUGUUGUUGACGACAAGGUUCACGUAGAUGGUGAGUCUCAACAAGAGUAUGGUCUUAUGUACGAAAACAUUGAAGAUGAUUUUGUGAUGGUUGGCUUUGAAGAUGAGUAUGAAGAAAUAGUUGAUAAAUUAGUUGACAUAGACAAGGAUCUUAGUGUUGUUUCCAUAGUUGCCAUGGGUGGUGCGGGAAAAACAACACUUGCUAGAAAAGUCUACUCUUCAUCUAUAGUUGAACAACACUUUGAGAAAAUUGCUUGGGUGACUGUAUCUGAAAAGUAUAAGGGCAUUGAUUUAAUGAAGGAUAUUAUGAAACAAUUAAUGGGGACAAGGGGUGAUUCACUUGAACAAAUGGAAGAGUAUGAGGUGGGAAAAAAAACCCAUGACUUUCUCUUGCAUAGAAGAUACUUGGUAGUUCUCGAUGAUGUGUGGGAAACCAACACAUGGGACCAAAUAAACAGAAAGGUCAAAGCCUUUCCAAAUGCAAGUAAUGGCAGUAGAAUACUCUUAACCACUCGAAAGGAAGAUGUCGCAAAUCAUAUACAAAUGCCAACCCAUGUUCAUCAUUUGAAGAAGUUAGACGAAGAUGAAAGUUGGAAACUUUUUAACAGCAAAGCUCUACCAUCAUACAUAAGGAGAACCAUAAUUGAUGUGUAUGAGUUUGAAGAACUAGGGAGAAACCUUGCAAGAAAAUGUGAUGGAUUACCUCUUGCCCUUGCGGUUUUGGGAGGCUAUCUAUCAAGGAAUCUAAACACACAAACAUGGUGUGAUAUACUCUUGGAUUGGCCAUCAACCAAGAAUGGACAGAUGAUGCGAGAAAUACUAGCUCGCAGUUACAAAGACCUGGCAAAUCAUCACUUGAGAUCGUGUUACCUCUAUUUUGCCGCUUUUCCAGAAGAUUACAAAAUAUCUGUGUUGGCUCUUAUUGAAGUAUGGAUAGCAGAAAGAUUCAUUCCGCAUUUACCAAAUCAUAAACUAGAAGAAACAGCACAUAAGUAUGUACUCGAGUUGGCUCAGAGAAACUUGGUCCAAGUUAUUGAGAGAAGUGAGGUACAUGGAUGCAUUCUAACAGUAAGAAUUCAUGACAUUCUACGUGACUGGUGCAUAGAAGAAGCAAGGCAAGAUGGUUUUCUUGAUGUCAUCAACAAAACUGCAGGACAAGGUGGUCCAUCUUCAUCUAAUACCAUGAUAUCAUAUCAUUCUUCUGUCCAAAACUUGAAUGGCGAUCUAAUUUGCCAUGAAAGCAUAUCUAAUUCAGCACGAACACUUAUUGUCUUUAGAAUUCCUUCUGUAUCGUUGUCCAACCAGCUAAAAUUGUUGAGGGUUCUUCAUGUGGAAGAUUCAAGUCUGGAAAAUUUCUCCAGGAUAAUUGGUGGGUGCAUUUACCUAAGAUACAUCAGGCUUAGAAGAUGCAAAGGUGUGACAUUGCCUUCUUCAAUAGGACAACUCCUUUACUUGGAGACUAUAGAUCUAAAAUGCACACAAAUGGACUCGGUAGUACCAAAGUCCCUCUGGGAUAUCCCUACUUUAAGGCAUGUUUAUCUUGGAAAUGAGUUUUCCCCACCAAGGAGUCUGCGACAUAAAGAGCUCCAGACCUUUGAGUUAUAUCUUACGCGUGCCGAAACUAAAUACCGACGUCAUAACAUGGUUAUUUUUUUGGGCCAGAUGAAUCAAGUAACAACCUUCUCUUGGGCGAUUAGCCAUAUCCCGUUAGAAGUGAUUAACAUAUUUGCAAACAUGCCUCAUCUUGUCGAUAUUUAUCUCAACAAAUUUAGUGUGCUCAAGACGAUCCCCGCUAAGUUCCCACAAAGCCUACGGUGUCUUGUUCUAUUUGCUGAUAUCAUUGAACAAGAUCCGAUGCCAAUGUUGGAGAAGCUCCCAUCUCUUGUGGUGCUGGAAUUAUCCGGAUAUCGUGGCCGAAUCAUGUCCUGCUCUGCCAAAGGGUUUCAGCGCAUGCAAUCGCUAAAACUUGAUGAGUUCUCCAUUGAGGAGUGGCGGAUGGAUGUUGGGUCGAUGCCAAGGCUUUCCCACCUUGCACUUCGGAGAUGCAGGCAAAUAGAGAAGCUCCCCGAGGGGUUGUUGCAUGUUCGGCUCCUCAUCGGUGAUAUUGAACUGUUCAAUGUGCCUCAGAUUACCGAAGAUGAUAAUAUAUUGUAUGAGCUGCAAAGCAGAGGAUGGAAGGUAUGCACAUAUGAAGCUUGUGGAAAUAUUAUCGUUUUUGGAGUCAAUUAUUGUUUAUUAGCUGGAUCGGCUUAA